AUGACAUUGGAAGAAGUUAAUCGAAUGGAGCCAAAUGGCUCUACAGCACUCCAUGUAGCUGCAUAUCGGGGACAUGAGAAAAUUGUUGAGCUAUUACUCCAGAAAGGUGCUAGUUAUUCAGCAAUAAAUAAAUUUAAUAAUACUCCGCUUGAUGAAGCUAGAACCGAUAAAAUAAGGCAGCUAAUACGCCGUCGCAUGAAUCACAAGCGUUUUGUCAGUGACUCCGUCGAAUGGAUUCUUCAAACAAAUGAUGCCGAUUACCAGGCACAUGAAUAUUUUAAAAAAUUGGAAUCAUAUGGCAAAGAUCGCCACUUUUACAAAUUGAUUGAUUAUAUUAAAAAAAAUUAUCUUGAACAAGAAUUACAAGAUAUAGAUGGUAUCAAUACAAUAAAACAAUAUUUUGAAAAGGCCAUCGAUGAAAAAGAUCCAACUUAUUUACUAACAGCGUAUACAGCUGAAACAGAUUUCUAUACCACACUAAAUGUUGAUCUAGCAAAACUACAGCUUCAAAAUCUAACUGCAAAAGAGAAUCUUAGUCGAGCAUACUAUAUUGGAAUAAUUGCUUGCCAUCCCAAAUUCGAGACAUUAUCAUACAUUGGAAAAGUAUAUCGUGGUAUGAUGAUUACUGGCAAUUAUGUAAAAAAAUAGAAGAUCGGCACACGCAUUUUAACGAAAACAUUUUCGUCAACCUCAAAAGAAAAGCAGGUAGCGUCAAAUUUUCAUAACAAAAAGGCCGAAAAAGAUGAUCGAUUAAGUACCAUAUGUAUAUACGAAAUACGUAAUGAAAGGACUGCAUUAGAUAUACAACACAUAUCAUUAUUUCAAUAUGAAGAGGAAGUACUAAUUCGACCGUAUUCAGCAUUUAAAAUAAUCGAUAUUCAACAAAAUGAAAACAGAAAACCACAAGUUGAAAUAGAACUAAAAGAAUGUGAGCCAUGGUAGGCUACACUUACGCUUGAUAUUCCAGCUUUUUAUGCAUUAUUUAUAUUCAUAAACCCUUUCUUACACGGCAAACAACUCACAUAACCCAUUGUUUUUCAAAGAGUUUCUCCUUCAGUUUGCCCAUUUUCAAAUGUGUAGAUGUGGCUGGGUGUGGGUGCGGCGUGUGGGUGUGGGUGUGGGUGGGUGU